CGGGGCUCGGGCUCGGAGCUGCGCUAGCUGGCAAGGGGGAGGAGAGAGGGGAGGGGACUAGACAGCUAGCGGUCCCGCCCGGUGAUGCAGGCAGCAGCCCCGGGAGGUGGAGCCGCCAGCCCGAGGAGUCCCCGCCGCAGUCGCGCUCCGUCUGCCCCCCGGAGCCGCCGCCGCAGCCCCAGCUCCGGAGACCUCACCUCGAAGCGUCCGGGACCCCGGGAUCCGCCCUGCUCAGGCCUGGGGGCGCCCCCACCACGCCCAGCCCCUGCCCCUGCCCCUCCAGCUCCCCGGACGGCUGCGCGUCUCCCGGGGAAGCCGCUCCCGGACGCGCGGCCACCGCCCGAGCAUCUCAGCUGCUGGUCCGGCUGGGCAGCGGGCAUCUGCGAAGCUCGCCCUGGUUGGCACCGGCCACCUCCGAGCACCUACCGUCUCGGGCGCCGCCCGGCUUCUUGCGACUCCCGAGCCGUGAACUUUGCUCCCUCCCGGACCCCCGAGGACGCCCGCGAGCCUCCGGCGACCCCAGCCCCUCCGGCCGCCGCCGCGAUGCUGCCCUGGCGACGGAGCAAAUUCGUGCUGGUGGAGGAUGAGGCCAAGCGCAAGGCGAAGAGCCUGAGCCCCGGGCUCACCUACACGUCGCUGCUCUCCAGCUUCCUGCGCUCCUGCCCGGACCUGCUGCCCGACUGGCCGCUGGCGCGCCUGGGCCGCGUGUUCCGCAGCCGGCGGCAGAAGGCCGAGCUCACCCGGGAGGACCCCACCUACACCGUGUGGUACCUGGGCAACGCCGUCACCCUGCACGCCAAGGGCGAGGGCUGCACCGACGACGCCGUGGGCAAGAUCUGGGCGCGCUGCGGGCCGGGCGGCGGCUCCAAGAUGAAGCUGACGCUGGGCCCGCACGGCCUCCGCAUGCAGCCGGGCGAGCGCGGCGCCGCGGGGGCCCCGGGCGGGGCGGGGGGCCGGCGGCCGGCGGCGCACACCUACCUGCUGCCCCGCAUCACGCACUGCGCGGCGGACGGCCGCCACCCGCGCGUCUUCGCCUGGGUGUACCGCCACCAGGCGCGCCACAAGGCCGUGGUGCUGCGCUGCCACGCCGUGCUGCUGGCGCGGGCGCACCAGGCGCGCGCCCUGGCCCGGCUGCUCCGCCAGGCCGCGCUGGCCGCGCUCAGCGACUUCAAGCGGCUGCAGCGCCAGAGCGACGCGCGCCACGCGCGCCAGCAGCUCCUCCGCGCCGGGGGCGCCGCCGCCUCCGUGCCCCGCGCGCCGCUGCGCCGCCAGCUCAACGCCAAGUGCGCCUACCGGCCGCCCCCCGCCGAGCGCGGCCGCGGGCUGCCGCGCCUGAGCAGCAUCCAGGAGGAGGACGAGGACGAGGAGGAGGAGGAGGAGGAGGACCGGGGCGCGGAGGAGCGCCCGGAGGAGGGGGCCCCCCAGCCCGAGCGGGCCGAGGUGCUCAGCCUGACCCGGGAGCUGAGGACGUGCAGCCUGCGGGGCGCCCCGGCACCGCCGCCCGCACAGCCCCGCCGCUGGAAGGGCGCCCUGCGGGAGCGGGCGGGCCAGGCGCGCUGAGAACGGGCCCGGCGGGACUCCCGGCCCCCAGGCCCGGCCGCCAGACACAGCCUCCAACCCUGGCCCCACCCGCUUGGCUCCUCCCUGGCCCCCGGCCCCUGCCCCCCUCGUGGUCUCCGUGGUCUGUUCUGCGCCUCAUCCUGCCGCAGGGUGACGCCUGAUAUGCCCUUGGUUAUGUGGGGACAAGUUGGGGGGAGGAAUAGCCAAGGUUCACCUGUCCCCCCUCCCCCAACCUCAAUCCGGAGUUUCUGGGCGCCCUCCGUUGUGGAAUUGCUUCCUACGCUUUACAACAAGUCUCUUUGAUAGACAAAAAAAAUCCUCUCACGAUAAAGGGGGAGAAGUUUCCAGAAACCCAGGAGGGUGGCCUUGGACCUUGGCCAGGUGGAGGCAGGCUAGCCUUUCUCCCUGGAUGAGGAUGACCCAGCUGAGGCAUUCCUGUAGGGGAAGAACAGUGGCUUGGGAUGGAGGGCAGCCCAGAGAUGGGAACUGAGAAAACUUGGCAGGCCCUAUGCCUGGCCUCCCUACCCCCUGGAGAGCUUCUGGGACUUCACUGCUCCUCCUUGGAGAAGACUGGGAUGGUUCUGCCAACCCAAACCACAGAGGAGGCUGGUAACAGCUCUUUGCACCAAGCCUGUGUCCGCACCUGGCAUGCCCACAGGACUCCUCAUCCACCCCAUCUCUCUUCGGGCAGAUGUGUGUGGUUCCCCACUAGGUGCCCCACCACCGAGACCAAGACAGGGCCUUAAGAGGAGGUAAGGAGAGCCUUUGGCAGAGGUUUGGGGCCACUGGCUACCCGGAAGGUGGAUGUCGGUGGGAUGGCCCCAAGUGGAGGCUGGUCAGAGCAGGAGGGACCUGCCAGCAGCUGGACCUUCAAAGCAGGGUGAGGAAGGAUGGUGCGUUUCCCCCGCAGAGGGAGUGGGCCCCUUGCCCAGGAGUCUGUCAACAAGGUCACAAAAAGACCUAUGUGUCACCAACUGGUCAAUUGUAAAUAAAGUGGAUUUCCUUUUUCA